AUGCCAAACCAGCAGAAGAAAAUCCUGUUUUGCGUGGCGGGCGUGCUGAGCUUCGCCUGUGCCCUGGGUGUGGUGGCGGCCCUGGGGACACCGCGGUGGAUGAGAGCCACCUUCCUCUGCACCACCGGGGCUCUGCUGGUCAACGCCUCGGGGCCGGAGCUGGACAAGUUCACCGGCGAGGUGCACUACGGGCUCUUCCACGGGGAAGGCGUGCGGCAGUGCGGGCUCGGGGCCAGGCCUUUCCGGUUCUCAUUUUUCCCAGACCUGCUGCCGGCGGUGCCAGUGAGCGUCCACAUCAACGUCCUUCUCUUCGCCACGAUGCUCGCGGUCCUCACCAUGGUGGUGGCUGGCUUCUUCAUGUACAACGCCGUCGGCAAGCCCUUUGAAACCCUGCACGGCCCGCUGGGCUUGUACCUCCUGAGCUUCAUUUCAGGUAAGGACAGAGUUCCUCCUCCUGCCUGCAUGCUUCCCAGGCCCAGAGACUCUGCGCAGGGGUCCUGCGGCUGUCUGGUCAUGAUCCUGUUUGCCUCAGAGGUGAAAAUCCACCACCUCUCAGAAAAAAUUGCAAACUUCAAAGAAGGGACGUUCGCCUACAGAACGCAGAGUGAAAGAUACACCACCUCCUUCUGGGUCGUUUUCAUGUGCUUCUUUGUUCACUUUUUGAACGGGCUCCUGAUACGGCUGGCUGGAUUUCAGUUCCCUUUUGCAAAAUCUAAAGACGCAGAGACAACGAACGUGGCUGCAGACUUAAUGUACUGAAAAGCCUGUGCUUCUGUAAUUUUCCAAGUAAGGGACUGAACUUGCUUUGGUCACUGAUAGAUAUAGUUAAUUCCACCCAUCCCGUCAGAGUGCGUAAAGUACCAAAACCCUCUGUGAAACUGUUUCCAACUGCCCUACGGACUCCAGCUAGAGGCUCGAGAACAGAAGACAGGCUUUGAAAGGUCGCUCUGCCUGGUGGGAAAGGCUUGGCCCGGGAAGGCCAGGGAGGUUGGCCGGGAUGGAGAAAUGGCGGCGGCACAGACAUGGCCAUGCUGGAGACCCCUGUCCACUCAGGGGGACCAAGCCCAGGAGGGCAUUUGAACAAGAGACAGUCUCUGAGUGACCCACGUAUCUGUGACACAGAGAUGGAAUUGCUUUCCUAAAAUAGUAAUACAUUAAAUGAUCAUCUCUAGAAU